UCACAUCUCUUGUUUCUGAUAAAAAGAUGAAAUCCCUUUGGAUAGCAUAGCCUUCCCUUUUCUUAUUUCACUGUUUCUCCAUAUUAUUUGCCUUCUUGACCUGAAUCAAUUAGUUUGUUGCCAUCUCUAGCAGUCUUGCACAAUCUCUUUUAGGACUCAUGUGUAUGAUAUGAGCUAUAUCAGACUGUUGUGUCUAAUGCUUUUUUAUCAUUCCAUAUCAGUUGUUCUUCUUCAUUGGUUCUACUUGUUUUCUUGAAGUUCAGAGUUUCUUUUUUUUCUUUUUUUUUUUUGCCAAUUUUAAGUCCUGAAAGGGUAUUAAGAUUAAUACAAUUAAUCCCAUUGCAGAAGAUGUCAUGCUUUAUAAAUAUUAGCUCAGGGUCUGAUGUAGAUGCGCCAAAAGUGAUGAUCGAUGAGAAGAAAAGAAAGAGGAUGAUAUCGAAUCGAGAGUCUGCAAGAAGAUCAAGAAUGAAGAAACAGAAGCAUAUGGAAGACUUGAUCAGUGAGAAAGCUGAGUUAGAGAGAAAGUUACAUGAAGAUAAUCAGAAGUGUAAAGCUAUCUUGCAAGCGCAUCUUGUUCUUGAGUCGGAGAACAAAGUCUUGAGGGCCAAGAAGAUGGAACUGAUACAGCAUUUGAACUGCCUGCACCAGAUUCUUGAAAGCUAUAAAAAAAGUGAGACCAGUAACAGUAAUCUUGAAGUUUCAGAGUCAUAUUUGAAAUUAUGGCAAGUCAAUAUGCAGCCCAUAGCAGCUUCUGGCAUGAUCAAAUUUUAAUUGUUCUGCUGACUGUACAAGUUUCUAUGAUUUGAUGUGGGACAUAAGAGUUAUUAUAUCAUCUUUGCUGUUUCAUUGUUUAAAGUCGUAUUAUAUAAUGAAUUUGUAUGUUUAUGGGAUAAGAGUGAGUUGGAUUUCCAUUUUCUUGUUAA